AUGCCUCGGAUGGGCUCAAGUUCUGAUUUGAACCAGCUGCCCUCUGGUCACCAGUUCAUUUCCCUACCCAGAAGGCCAUGCUGCUGCCCAUUUGAGUGUCAGCCCGUGGAACUCCACUACACGGUCCCAUAGAGGACCUCCCUGAAUGUGUAUGUUAUAUGACUUAUUCUCUGGUGGACUCGUGGUUCAGUAAGAACACUGGACUCAAAGCAGCCUCAUUCUUCCCUGCCUAAUUCUGUGUUCAUUUUCUUUGGCCCAGGACACUAAGGUUGUGAAACAAUCUCUCACUUUCCUCAGAAGAGGGAUAAUGGGCCAUAGAGGAAUGUACUGUACUGAGUUUGGGGCAAGACAGACUCAUGUGCUGUUGUGCUCUCCGCUAGUUUAGUUUAAAUUUAAAGGCGAAUUAUGUUUGCUUCAUUUUGUCAUAGUGUUUAUGGAAUAUCCUCUACGAUGUGAUCGGCAAAUCUAGUCUUUAGUGUCAUGUUGUUUUCUCACAUAUUUCUGUUGGCUUCAUGGCAGCCAAAUAUUUUUCAAUAACGGCUUUCCAGUGUUUUCCAUAAAUUGUUUCCCAGACCCAAUGUAAACAGACUGCAUUAAAAUGCCACUCAAUGGUUUUAAUCCACACGUUUAUCAAAAAUCCCAGCUGUGAUUGAUUACAGAUCUCUCAGUUGGCCUGUCAGUUGGUUGCUUUUUAGUCGGUUUCUGGCUUUAUAGUCUUUUACAUAGGAUAAUGGCUGAACAUAAGCUGUGAGUGGAUGUGGUUCUGUUCUGUUUGUGUUGGACGAACAAAAGCUGUGCGUGUGUGUGUGCCCCUUGUUCAUGCUGGCUGGGGUCAGCUCAUGUAUAUCAUGCUCUGCUGUCCUCUAUCUCUAACCCCUGGACUCCCUUUCUCUCUUUUUCUUUCUCUCUUUCUAUGUUCCUAUCCCUUUCCAUCUCUCUCUCUCUGCCCCCCUCUCUCCGUCCUCUCUCAGGUGAGGGUCAAGGUGCCCGGCCUGCUCUGCUCUGUAAUGUGGUUUGCAGCUGACAUAUCAGGGACGACCAGUCCCCACUAGAUUAACCUGCUUUCCGAGAAGGAUUCCUUUUCCUCCUAACUGAUUUGAGGCCAGCCUCUUGACCUGUCACCAGAUCAGGGCUGUUACUCCUUCCACAAGAGAGAGAGAGGAGGGCAGGUUGAGGAGGGCUAAGGAGCACAAAGGAAGGAAACAAGGGAACGGUUGGACUCUGGUAUAUGUAACCAAAAUACAGUGUUUUAGCAAAAGGGACUUAAGAACAAUACUGGGAAAAUUAGAGACAGGUUGCCACGUCAUGGCAUUUGUGGGAAAAGGUGUGUGCUUGUGUUAGUCAUAGGUGUUUAAUGGACUUAGUAACUGUACGGUCCCGUUGAUUUGUGAUAGAUGGGAUGAGACAGGAAGGACUUUGAAAUAUAAACAGUAGACAAAUCAACAUUUAAGAUUUUCAAAUUAAGAGUCCCUUCUUUGAAUGUGGAAAAAAAUCAUAAAGCUUUACUGUGCACUAUAAACAUAAAUUAGUUGUUAUAUUUUAGGCAGGCCUUUUCCAAUGGUUUGUAUUUUGGGCUGUAUGUGAUUCAAUCUUUCUUGGAGCAAGAUGCGUCCAAGUACACAUGGGGAUCUGAGUGAGGCCUUGACACCAUUGUGGUUUCAGGGAGGAUACCCAGUGAUGAGAUAACCACAUAUUAGCAGGUCUGUGGUCUCCUAACAUCACAACAAACUCCUGACAUGCAUUCACUGACUGAGCCUCUGUCAGUCUGUAAGAAAAUGUAACGGUAUACUGAAGCUCCUUUUGUUGUACCAGUCAAAGUGUAUGAGAUUAAUACAGAAUAUCCUCUCUAUGUCCUGACCCAACCCAAUAGCCUAAAGAAUACCUGGGCACAAAACCUGAUUCUCUCUCAAUCUGUGUCAGUGCAUUAAUAAUAUGCCAUUUAGCAGACGCUUUUAUCCAAAGCGACUUACAGUCAUGUGUGCAUACAUUUUUACAUAUGGGUGGUCCCGGGGAUCGAACCCACUACCCUGGCGUUACAAGCGCCAUGCUCUACCAGCUGAGCUACAGAGGACCACAUUACAACACCAUCCUGCUUUGCCUUGAGUUCUUUUUACAGCUAAAUCAGGGGAGAGUCUUUGGAGAUUCUGGACAUUUAUGAAAGCCUAAAAAGUUUAAUUCAAUUUAUAUUGAAUUUAAUGCCAUUGGCGCAGACUACUUAAUGUGAAGUAAGAAGUGUAAACCCCCUAAAGCAGUCAUUGGGCGACAGACUGACAGUGGCCAGCAGCGGAACCUCCAAAGAAAGAACAGGAAGUUACCUUGGAAGAAGCCAGACUCUUAAGGAGGUCUAUCCACAUCUGGUUGGCUCUGGGUGAAUGGUCUGUGAUGCCAGGAUGUAGCUAUUGUCCUGUGAGGAAGAUGAAAGGUUGGACAUAAUGCCUCUGAAAUGUUAGUGGUUACUAGGGUUAGCAUGUGGUGGCUAAGGUAAGAGGGUCAAGUUUGUUAAUAUUGGUGCUCUUUGCCCAUGUUCUUGAUCAUAUGUGGAUAUUAUUAAUGUAUAAUGAGAACUUUAUGUAUUAUAAGGACUGGUAGACACCCUGCUGGUUUAAUCAUAAUGUAUACUUCUGUGCUGUGCUCUAAUUCAACCGAGGUAGAUGUGAGUGAAACUAGAGCACUUACUGGCCACGGUAAUCCCUCUAUAAUUAGGGGGCUUGGUUUUCAGGUGCACUUUCCAGGGGUCAUUCUGUCUGCCAUUUUCCAACAAAACAAUGAGCACACAAGGAGGUAUUCAUCAGACUGCAAUCUACUAUUAUAUCCACCACAUAAUGUGUGUAAAGCUUAGGGUUUAAAUCACAGACUGGUCACACGUUACCUGUAAUUUUUGCAGAGCCCCUAGGAUCACAAAUCAAUCAAUUGUACUCGGUUCAUGCCAAAAUCCACACUUAAUGAAUCUGAACCAGUUGAUUGUAAACCAAGUUAAUGAAGCUUUGAUUGUAAUGGAGAUCUAAGAGGGAUGUGUCUUUGUUUUUUCUUUCUGUGUACAGGAAGCGUUGUCAGUUGUGAGUGAGGACCAGUCGCUGUUCGAGUGUGCCUACGGAACUCCCCACCACGCCAAGGCGGAGAUGACGGCAGCGUCAGCCAGCGAGUACGGCCAGACGGCCAAGAUGAGCCCCAGGGUGCACCAGCAGGACUGGCUGUCCCAGCCAGCCACCCGCGUCACCAUCAAGAUGGAGUGCAACAGUGGACAGGCCAACGGCAAAAGGUAAAGCAGUCCACCAUUAGCUUUACUUCUACAUUGACUUUCAUACUGGUUGAAUGCGAAACAAAUAGUUUAUUUGCAUAGAUAUUUCAAAUGUUAUUAAAAUAACAUUUGUUUGAAACCUAACCACUUACUUAUGAGUCUGUUUGGUCAAGUAAUUGAAGAAAGUGUAUUUUCAGUAAAAUAUCAGGAGUGCUGAGCAACUGCAGAAAUAUCUGCUCAGUGAGCCAAUACAAAAUGAACUUCUUUACAUGACAGAUCCAUUAGCCGUUACUGUUUUGGCGUAUCACAGAGAAUUUUCGACCAGCCUUAACUUGGCGAUACUGUCUUCGUUCUCGAUUCAGCCAAACAAAAUGUCUGUGUCCAGUUGCAGGUGGUUCGUUUGAAUUGAGAAAAUGCUCUGAUAUUAAAAUAAAUCAACAUUUUUCUCCAUGAAGUAAUCCAACAAUGGGUACGCUGCCAUCUUGUCUAUUUCAAAUCUUCUCUCAUUGAUUGAGACAGGUGGGUCCAACCCAAAGUCAUGUCAUGAUGACACUCACCUGUCUCGAUCAAUGAGAGAUUUUAAAUAGACAAGAUGGCCUCCCGAGUGGCGCAGCGGUCUAAGGCACUGCAUUGCAGUGCUUGAGGCAUCACUACAGACACGGGUUCGACCUUCGCCUCUCCCAAGCGCGUUGGGAAGUUGCAGCGAUGAGACAAGAUCGCAAUUGGAUAUCACAAAAAGGGGGUAAAAAAACUAAGAAAACAAACUAAAAAACUAUUUAAAUAGAAAAAAUGGCGGUAUACACAUUGUUGGAUUACUUCAUAGAGCAAGAAAUGUAUUCAUUCCAUGAAUGGAGCUGUACAAAAGGCCGGCCCUCUCCCUGCAGCACUGUCAAUCACCCUUCACACCUCUGUUCAUCCAACCAAUCAGGGCGCUUGGAUGCACUCCAGGGCUCCGCCCCGCACACCUCAAGUUAGAGUCAGCCUCAGUCAGCAAACAGUCAGCUCCCCCAGUGCUACACACCAAACCUCCUGCCCUAGUUCUAGGUCCUGGGUCUUCCGUCUCGCUAGGCUCAGAGUUAUCUGCUUCUCUAGGUGUGCAGUCCCUGCCCCUAGCCAGUUCCCAACCCCAGUCUCAGCCGGCACCCAGUCGCCUAUACUAGCUCUAGGCUAGAAGUUCCCUGCUCAGCUAGGUUCGCAGCCUCCUGACUUGCUGUCCUCAAGUCCCCGGCACAAUCAGGCCCUGAGUUUCCUGCCCUGCUAGGCCCUCAGCCCCCUGACCUGGGGGACCCACCAUUCCCUGACCCGGGGGGCCUGCUGUCUCCAGUUCCUGGGGGCCGCCCGCCUCCUGCACUGGAAGACCCUCCGGCCCUCGCACCUAGGGAACCGCCUGGCCUUGUCUCUGGGGCCCAGCCGGGCCCUGCCUUAGGAUCCCUGAUGGGCCUCGCCCCACCUGCUUCACCAUGGGAGCCUUCGCCAUCAGCAGCCAGCGAGCUGCUAACGACAGCUGUGGCAAGCCUGCCACAUUCCUUCGUUGCAGUAGGCGAGCCACCGCCUCCAGCCGUGGCCAGCCUCCGGCAUUGUACUCAACGGAUGGGCCCCAGCGGCCCUGCACCAGCUGAGUUAGAGGGUCUUUCGCCACACCUGUGGCAUUCCAAGUGGCAGCCCAGAACUGUUUCUGCGCCUCUGUGCACCUCCCACGCGGGGUGGCCCCUAAGCCCCUUACGUGCAGCUUUUCCGGCACCCCCCUGGCCCCCAUGGUCCUCUAAAGUGACAGUAUCAAUCAGCUGCCCUUUUAAUUCGGCCAGAUGCUCACUAGGACUGGACCCACCUUGUCUGUUCCCAUCACUGCUCUGCCUCUCUGCCUGCCUGUCCUUCAGGAUAGGACUACGCCCUUUCAGGACUAAGCCCCCCACUGAGGUCUGCUAAAUGGCAUAUUAUAUUAUUAUUAUUAUUAUUUUAAGUUUCUUUGGAAAUCCAAUGGCGGCUGUACAAAAGGCUGGCCCUCUCAAUCUGAUUGGCCUGCAGCCCUGUCAAUCACCCUUCACACCUCUGUUCAUCCAACCAAUCAGAGUGCUUGGACGCACUCCAGGGCUUCACCCGCACACCUCAAGUUAGAGUAUGUUCACCUGCCUUCUCGAGAAGAAGCAAGUAUUGUGUAAUAACGGACUCCAACAUGCUGUUUUCCUAUCUUGAAGUGUUGUGCAUCCAAUCGAACAUCUAAGUAUUGUGAAAUAUGUAUAGGUGUGUGCAAUGUCUGACCCUUGCAGGACUAGGCCUAUUUGCUAGGUUUUGGGUGUUUGAGAGUAAAGUUUGUUAUGGUUAUCUUGUAGCUAAUGCUAGUGCUAUUGUUAUUCAUUAAUGUCUUUGCAUUGCCAUAUUAUCAGUAGCCUAUUGCAUUUCUACCUAUUGAGUGUUGCUAAUGAACUUUAUAUUAGAAGUGUUUAUCACAUGCUACCGCAGGGAUUUAUAUAGCAUUAUAUGCUACUGUUAUUAUCAGGAACUUUCCAGCCUGCUCUCGUGCGCUAGCACAUGCGCAGUAACUAAUUGCCUUACAUAAGAUCUGUAGCCAGGCCAUAGAGCGAGCCAUGCCUUAAUGGCCUUAGGUCUUCCAUUUCUCUCUUUCUGUCACAUGGUUAUUUUUUAUGAUGUGUAAAUAUCCCUGGGUUGCAAGCUAUAUUACAGCAGUCAUUUGUAGGUAUAAUAUCAUGCAUUAUGUUUGUACAUCUCCUUGACUUGCAUGUAGACUUUGUAUAUUAUUACAAUGGCGUAGGCCUAUAUUUUUGUGUAUUGCUCUGCAUGGAUCCUAAUGAUUGUUUACUCUGCCUUUUGUAGAACCACAUCUAUAAAAAACCCUUCAAUGGAAGCAGCUGUGUCCGCAUGUGUGUGUGUGUGGUGGUGACAAUUAAGACAGUAAUGGGACUCAACAUUGUGUUCUAACUGGACAACACUGUAGUGAGCAGAACCUAAGCAAUCAGCGUAAAUUAAUAGCGGGCCAACCGCUCAGACGAGCUCCAGCUAGACGUUUUUUCAUGGUCCUAGGUCUCGCAGGAUUUAGUGACCAACAGUUAUUUUCAGGAGCAUUUUCUCAAUUCAAACGAACCACCUGCAACUGGACAUGGACAUUUUAGAAGACACAUGUUUGGCCGAAUCAAGAACGAAGAUAGUAUCCAAGUUAAGGUUCGUCGAAAAUUGUCUGUGCUACGCCAAACAGUAUCUAUCCUGUAACUGCUAAUGGAGCAUCACAUUAGCCUGUUACAAUCUGCUAGCUAAGAUACGUGCAAAUUCUAUAUCAUUUAGUUUGAAGGAUGGCCUGCCUAAGGUUCUACCCUAACAUAUACCUAUCUGUCUGGACAGUGUAAUCCAACUAAGCUACAUGAUACCGUAUGAUAUGUCUGGCCCAUAUCCUGUGUGCUCUGGAGAGUGCUAGCAUUAGAAGGGGUGUAGUGACAUAGAACCACCUCGUCCUAAGGGUCACAGUGCUACACCCUGAGGUACACUGUGCACUGUGCUGCAGCCGGGCUACCUGUGGCCCUGAUUUCCUGUCUAUUGUCUACAUUUCUAUGAAUGUACUUUAAACAGGCGGGUCGCUGCGGCCUGAAAUCGAAACUCGCAGUGUAAAUAUUUUGAAUUACGGAGGCAGAAAAUUUAAAGCGGUGGUAUAGAGUCAGUUAAAGGGACGUCUGUUGUUUACACCCCUAAGCCACCCAUCAAUAGUAAAGAGUCUUGCCUGGCCUACACAGUGACAGCCAACAGCCAAACUACUUGCCAAACAGACAAGGAACUUGAAUGAUGUUUUCAGAGGAGAGAAGGAAGCAGAGGGAAAAAAACAAUAGGCAAAGCUGCCUGAGUCCCAGUCCAAGACAGAGUUGCUGCUGUUUGAAUCCCAAACUCAAAACAGCUGUACCCCAAAAAAAGGGACGGCAGUAAUAUUUAUAACAGGUUUCACACGCGCAAGAACCCCAACCUCCAUCCAUCCAGCCCCCCAUCCCCACACAGCUAUCCCCAUCUUUGGAGCGGGCAUCUCCACAGACACCCCGGCAGAGGGCCUUAUUUAUCUGGCGGUGAGACACAGGAAAGAUUGUUCCAAUUAGUGAUGAGUCAGGGAGCAGAGGAAGAUUUACAGUGGAGAUCAACACUUAGACAGCACUGCUGCUCCCGCACACACCACCAUCCUCCCCUCUAUUCACUAGGCCAAAUAAAGAUACAGUAUGUGUGUGUUUGGAGGGGGGAAGACUGCAGGUGUUUGUACGCCGGGAGCUGUGUGUGUGUGUGUGCUCACACGCGUGCGUGGUGCAUGUGUGUGCACACUCGUAUGUCUGUGUGUAGGCGUGCAUGUGUAUGUGUGCAUCUGGGGACCCAAAGCUCAACCCGGAGUGUUCCAAAGCAUCCCAGGAGUUUGGUCCAGUUUCCAGAGUGGAUAAUUUUCAAGAUCCCGUUACAUGCCAUGGCAAUGGGGUUCUUCAGCCUGAGUUAUGGCUUAUAAAUGGGAGGUGUAAGGGUACAGCUGGGUGACAGAUAGCCUCAGCGAUGGGAAUUAUUGCAGGGAAUGUUGACGUGGGGGCUAGCGGGGGUCCUGAGGCUACCCUCAUUAUCUGGAUUUAAUGGGUGUGUGGACCACCCCUCCAAUGCCCCCCUCCAUUGCUCCCCCACUCCAGUACCCUCAGUGAGCAGCAGCAGGGUUUAUGGGAAGUGAAGUGGGCCCGGGAGCCCAACCUCUUGGUAGAUGAAUUAGCCGACCCAAACCUGGAGAAGAAUUAACAAUGUUAGAUUCAAGCCAGGGCCGAUGGGACGCCUCUCGCUCUCUCUCACACACUCUAUCUAGCUCACCCUCUUUCUCUCUCCCUCUCAUUCUUAUAUAUCUGUCUCUCUCUCUCUCUCUACAGUGAUAGAGAGGGUUGAAUGUGUUUUAGCAUGUGUCUGGGCCCAGUGGACAGUAGUUUACAGUCGCUUUGCCGCCGUAAGCCUCUGAUGGUGACUCAUACUGAGUGGGAGGCAAUAGAGAAAGUGCACUGCCUACGUGAAAAAAUUACUAUAGUAUACUAUGGUAAAAAUAGUAUAGUAUUUACUGUAGUGUUUUGCGGACUUUACUGUAAUAUUCACAGUAGUGUUUCUGCGGACUAAAAUCUGAAAAACACUACAGUGAAUACUGUAGUAUUUACUGUAGUAUACUGUAGUCUUUACUGUUAACUAUAGUAUAAAUACUGUAGUAAAAUAAAAUGGUAGUAUAUACUAUAGUAAUUAAUGUAGUGUUUUUGCAGAUUGUAUUAUAUUGUAGUGUUUUUGAGGACAUUACUGUAGUAUUUACUAUAGUAUUUUUGUUUUAUUAUAUUUUACAUAGAAUUGAAGGCUUUCUCCUUGAGGAAACCUACUGGAGAAAUAUUAAAAGAGCAUAUUUUCCAUAACCUGUAGGUUAUCAAGGGAGGCCAAAUACUUGCUGGCAUCAAUAAUAAAAUGCUACGGGAGUUAUACUCUUUACAUGGGCUACACAUACUGAGACAGAGGGGUGCUGUUUCCCUUGCUUGGAUGAUUUGCAAAUUGACGGAAAAUUAUGAAAACACAGACGAAAUAGAUUGUUUUAUAAAAAAUAAAUAAAUAUUGGUCAGAUAUUUGGGGAAGCCUGGCAUCCCAUGACAUCCAUGAAUACAUGCCACUGUAGAUAGGUCUACUUUCACAAUUAAUUAGUGGAAGGCUGCAGCAGUAUUGUCUUCUCCCCAAACUGUUAAACUCAAUCAAGCGUAAUUUGAUCACAGAAAGACAAUUUGCUUGUCUCCCUCUCCAGUUGGAUUUUUUUUCUUCUUUUUUUUCUUAAACUGGGCCCAUAAGAAAAAAACAUAAAUUAUGAAUUGGCAAAGAUGAAUGCUAAUUCUCUCUCUCUCUUCUGCAUUGACUGAUAUGAUUAGAAAUGUUGAAGUAUGGGCUAUGUGCAUUACAUUUAGGGAAUGCAUGUGAAGUAUGAUUUGUCUGCAAAUGUUCUAUAAAACUAAUUGUUUUAGGCUUGUUUGGCCAUCUGAAUUCCCCCCAACAUCCUUUUCAUAUUGGAAGUUUUAUUUUGGCCUAGUUUAGUAUCAGGCAAUAUUUUGCAACAGCUUGAAACUUUACUCCUAAUACUGCCCAAUAUGAUAUUAUCGCAUUUUUUUGUCAAACUCAAACUGACAGAAUGUUUUUCAAUCAGGCGAAUUUCUAGGGACUUUUUAGUCCCAAGUCACACCUUGGACAUCUCUCACCUCUUGUUCAACUCGUAGAUCCAGAUAUCAUAUCCUUAUGGCUUAAUGAUGGAUUCCCUAAUGAUGAGAGUUCCAUCUUCUGGGAAGGCAAUCACUCAGGUUGUGCUAUUUGGCUGAAAGCAGCCAUUUUCUUCCACCUGAAAUAUUCGUAGUGAAGCUUUCACCUGAUUUUUUUAUAUGUUGACCCUCUGAACCCCAUUGACUGGGGUCUCUAGUGUCUGCAGCCCAGUUGCUAACAUUUAUAGACACAUGUAAGAGAGACCCCCUUUGGGAGGCCCCAUUUCUGCCAAGUGAAAAACACAAGGUAUUUAAGGUGGUCCAUGUUGCAGCAGCAAUGUGGUAAUUUCAGUUGAAAGUCUCACGUUAACAUUCCAAUCUGGAAACUGGAUCAUUCCAGUUAUAAGAAUAAUCCUGUAGGAAAAAGAAAUGGACACCAACAUGUUGUCAAUGGACAGUCUUUGGGACUACCAGCAUUACAGGCAGUUAAUCCUGAGAAUAAGUAUAAAACCUCUCUCGAUUAAAGUGCCGUAGAAUAGUUACUGUAAUCUAACAUUAAUCAUUAGUGUUCGCGCUAUUGAAAUACGACUGGAUAAAAAAAUCCCUCCAACACCAGAUCUGACAAUAAAUCACUUUUGUGUUUUUUACUUUGAAACAGUUAUUCCCAAAUCACAUGCAUCUGGCCUGUACCCGUGGCAGGACAGCCUCUCCAUCAAGGCUGGGUCGGGAGAGGCCAACAGUUGGUUGACACAUGACUUUGAUUCCAAUAAAUGGUCCCAAAAUGGUUAAUAUCUUGGCCACAGGAGGUUGAUAUGAAUUUAUGCGACAUUCCAUGGGUAAUCCAUCCCAUCUGUUGACCACGCCCCGGGGGAAUCAGCAGCUAUAAUAAGGGGAGAAGAGUCAUUUGGAAUGGGGUCAUUUAUGGGGUCCAGGGCCUCUGGCACUACUCCCUCCCCUCCACUUUAUUUUAGUGGAGAUCCCUCUCUUUUUAUGUGGCUUCAGGAGAGCUGCGGGGCAUAGGUUGCAGCCAUAGUUGGUAGAGAUGAAAAAUCUGAGACUACUUUGUUUCGCAGUUUGUGGUGGGAGGAGAGUUGAAAUCAAAAUUACACGUCUCCUCUGUUUGGGCAUUGAGGCACACGCUAGCAUUGUUAUGGGGAGAUUUUUGGGUCAACAUGAAUGUAUGGGAUAAAUACAUGAACAACAGAUAGAUAAUCAUCAACAAACAGUUUACUAAUGGUUAACAAACAGUUGAUAAACAGAUGUUCCAAUGUAGUGUUACCAGUUAGGGCAUAGGUCUCCGAGAAUGCUGCCGUGAGCGUGAUGAACUAUCAAUGCGGACGGCUAGUCUGAUCAUCUGAGACUGCUACAAUAUCAGCAAUUAAAACUCUUUGGUUUUGGUAGCCUGAAAUCGAUAACCAACGGAAGUCCUGGCUAUUACACAUGAAUGUUCACAAUAUUGUAUUGUACUGUCCUAGAUGUUUGUUAUUUGUGUAACUUUGUCCUCAGGCUAGAAUGUCUGGUGAGACUAUGAUUUGUGCAUAGUGGGUCUACUGCGUAGCCUGCUAUGUCUAUGUUUUGUGUUGUAACCUUAGUCUUUUUGAACCACUCCAAACAAGAAGUUCCUUCACUGGAAAAAUAAAGUUAUUCUAAUUGUAAUUCUUGAUGAGCAUUGCAGGUGUGGUUGACUUCACCCCUCUGGGAUUGACUCCGCCCAUAUAUGGAUGACUCUGCCUCUUUGUGACUGACCCCAUCACUCUGUGUUCUGUCCUAACAGGAACUCUCCUGACGACUGCAGCAUGGGGAAGAACAGGAAAUUGUCCAGCGGAGGUGAGGGCACUGCCCCCGUCACAUACAGCAGCUACCUGGAGGACAAGCUCAUCGCUCCCCCCAACAUGACCACCAACGAGCGCCGCGUCAUCGUUCCCGCAGGUAACAGAACAGCUCAACACCACAAAUUACACCACAGUGAUCUGAACACCAGAACACUUUUCUAUAGACAGCUGAAGCUCUUAGUUAGAUCUGCUCUAUUACAUUGGGUCGACUCACCUGUCUUCAAUUGAGAUGAUAAUCAAUGUGCACAUGUAAACAUAGCUAAAGAGGACCCGCUUUGUAAUGAGAAGCAGGAUGUUUCCCUCUCUGGUUAAAGGAGCCUUCAAUACCAGUCCCAGUCAGUCAGGCCCAGUAUGUGGGUCACUCACUGCCUUCGAUAAGGGGACCUCAUGUCUCUCACAUACAGUGCAUUCAUUUGCCACAAGGAGAGACUUCCUGUGAUCUGCAGCACAGAAGCCCCAGCGUUUUGUUGCCGAGUGUGCUGCUCAUUGUCCUAGACCGUUUCCUAUGGUCCCGGUCCAAAGGGGUGGAGUAAGGAUGAGGGUGAAGGAGGGGGCUGUGAGUCCCUGCCAAACUGGAGAAAGGUAUUAUUAUCAGUUCCCCAUUCACACACCUAGAAUACAAGAACUGAAUCCUGACUGGAACACACAUAAGGCUGUGCUGUGUCUGUGUGGAAAAAAUAUGCUGUAGAGUAGCCAAAAUAAAGCACCUUUUUAACUUUUUUAGAGUAAUUUUUCCACAGACAGACCUGUCCAUUGAGGGCACGCAGCACUGUAUUCUCUAUCUGGGGGUUGUGCAUCACAGUUCUUCUGGCAUAACGCAACUUCCUCUUCAACUGCAGCUGACAAGGACAAUGACGCGGCAUGUUAAGAACAUCCUGUUUUUGCUGUUUAGUUAGAGGAGGACAAUAGGCACACACUGCUUCAUGGAAUGUAAUGGGAGGUCAUCAUUCAACUGUGUGUGUGGGGGGGGGGGGGGGGGGGGGGGGGUGUUGUGAGAAGGUCACACUGGUGACUUUUUAUAAGGACAUUAUACUCCAAAAUGAGUUAAAACUAAAUUAUGUUGACACCAUCUGAAAUAUAAUUUUGCCUUUUAAAGCAUUAUAACCUUUAGCCCAACUGAUGCUUGCCUGGUUACGCACACUCCUUGUUCCAGCCAAACGCUGUGCCACGCCCACGUACGUUUGUUUCUUCUCCACAAUGAGUCUGGAUCUGAGUACCUCCCAGACAAUUUCUAAAACGGAAACACAUUCUAACCAUUCUGAUUGGUCCCAGAAACUGAUGUGUUGUGCCAGAGUCAGAACACACGUGGGUAAAGCGCCUAUUUGAAAGUUCGUCAUUGGCUUUGAUACUCUGAUUGGUUAGAGAUGAUCCGCUGAUGACACCCCUCUUUUUGCUUUAUUUUUUAGAACACCUACUCAUUCAAGGGUUUUUCUUAAUUUUUUUACUAUUUUCUACAUUGUAGAAUAAUAGUGAAGACAUCAAAACUAUGAAAUAACACAUAUGGGAUAAUGUAGUAACCAAAAAAGUGUUAAACAAAUCAAAAUAUAUUUUAUAUUUGAGAUUCUUCAAAUAGCCACCCCUUGCCUUGAUGACAGUUUUGCACACUCUUGGCAUUCUCUCAACCAGCUUCACCUGGAAUGAUUUUCCAACAGUCUUGAAGGAGUUCCCAUAUAUGCUAAGCACUUGUUGGCUGCUUUUCCUUCACUCUGCGGUCCGACUCACCCCCAAACCAUCUCAAUUUGUUGAGGUUGGGGGAUUGUGGAGGCCAGGUCAUCUGAUGCAGCACUCCAUCACUCUCCUUCUUGGUCAAAUAGCCCUUACACAGCCUGGAGGUGUGUUGGGUCAUUGUCCUGUUGAAAAACAAGUGAUAGUCCCACUAAGCCCAAACCAGAUGGGAUGGCAUAUCGCUGCAGAAUGCUGUGGUAGCCAUGCUGGUUAAGUGUGCCUUGAAUUCUAAAUAAAUCACAGACAGUGUCACCUGCAAAGCACCCCCACACCAUAACACCUCCUCCUCCAUGCUUUACGGUGGGAAAUACACAUGCAGUGUAUCCCCCCUACCUUGUCACAACACAACUGAUCGGCUCAAACGCAUUAAGAAGGAAAUAAAUUCCACAAAUUAAUUUUUAAGAAGGCACACCUGUUAAUUGAAAUGCAUUCCAGGUGACUACCUCAUGAAGCUGGUUGAGAGAAUGCCAAGAGUGUGCAAAGCUGUCAUCAAGGCAAAGGGUGGCUAUUUGAAGAAUCUCAAAUAUAAAAUAUAUUUUGUUUAACACUUAUUUGGUUACUACAUGAUUCCAUAUGUGUUAUUUCAUAGUUUUGAUGUCUUCACUAUUAUUCUACAAUGUUGAAUUAGUAGGUGUUCCAAUUUUGUGAUAUCCACUUGUUAGUUACUGUCACGCCCUGGCCUUGAGAGCCCUGUUUUCUUUGGUUGGUUUGGUCAGGGUGUGAAUUUCUAUGUGUACAUUCUAUGUUAUUGUAGAUCUAUGUUGGCCGGGUGUGGUUCCCAAUCAGAGGCAGCUGUCGAUCGUUGUCUCUGAUUGGGGAUCAUACUUAGGUAGCCAUUUUCCCUACCUAUGUUGUGGGAUCUUGACUCUUGUUUGGCUUGUUUGUGUGUAGCCAUUGUGAGCUUCACGUUACGUUGCUUUUGUUGUUUUGUCGUGUGUUUUCUUAGUUAAUAAACAUGUAUGCAUUCCACGCUGCACCUUGGUCCAAUCCUGUACUCAACGAACAUGAGAGAAGAUCUCACCACCAACGGACCAAGCAGCGUGCCCAGGAGGAGCAAACACCCUGGACACAGCGGGAGGCAACAUUGGUGGAUGUCCUCCUCGGUUGGGGGAAAAUUACAGAGGAGGAAGCCGUCCGUUACGGUAAGGUAAUGGAGGAGGGCUGGAGUCCGGAUCAACGGUGACGCCAACGGUGCCGACGACGAAUGAAGCCCGAGAGACAGCCCCAAUAACAUUUUGGGGGGGGGCUGUUAGAGAAGAGGGAGCAGGAGCUCUCACUUCAGAAGAAGGCGCUGCAGGAGGCCCAAAGGGAGAAGGGAUUAGUGGAUGCAAGGAGAGAGGAGCUGGCCAGGCAACAGGAGGAGCUGAGAGAGGAGUUAACCCUCCAGCAGCAGAGAGCUCGGGCUUUAGAGCAGAGGCUGGCGGAGCCAGGUUUAUCAGAGCCAACUCCCCGUACUCGCCGUAAGGAGCGUGUGUUAAUUGAGGAACCAAGUUAUGCGGAGAUACGCACUGUGUCGCCAGUGCGCCUUCACAGCCCAGUGCGUCCUGUGCUGGCGCCCCGCACGUGCCGUGCGAAAGUGGGCAUCCAGCCAGGACGGGUUGUGCCAGCUUUACACUCCAGACCUCCAGUGCGCCUCCACGGUCCAGUAUAUCCUGCUCCGGUUCUACGCACUGGGUUACCAGUGCGCCUCCCCAGACCGGUACGCCCCGUACCUACUCCCCGCACCAAACCAGUGGUGCGUGUCGCCAGCUCGGUACGCCCCGUACCUGCUCCCCGCACCAAACCAGUGGUGCGUGUAUCCAGUCCGGUACGGCCCGUACCUGCUCCCCGCACCAAACCAGUGGUGCGUGUAUCCAGCCCGGUACACCCCGUACCUGCUCCCCGCACCAAACUAGUGGUGCGUGUAUCCAGUCCGGUACGGCCCGUACCUGUUCCUCGCACCAAACCAGUGGUGCGUGUUGCUAGCUCAGUACGCCCCGUACCUGCUCCUCGCACCAAACCAGUGGUGCGUGUCGCCAGCCCGGUACGCCCCGUGUCUGCUCCUCGCACCAAACCAGUAGUGCGUAUCUCCAGUCCGGUACACCCCGUGCCUGCUCCUCGCACCAGAUCAGUGAUGCGUGUACCCAGCCCGGUACGGCUGGUGCCAGAGCAGUCCGCUCCACCAGUGUCCAGUCCAGCUCCGGUCAGCUGCUCCACUCCAGUGCCAUAGCAGUCCAUUCCACCGGUGCCUAGUCCAGCUCCGGUCAGCUGCUCCACUCCAGUACCAGAGCAGUCCGCUCCACCGGUGCCUAGUCCAGCUCCAGUCAGCUGCUCCACUCCAGUGCCAGAGCAGUCCGCUCCACCGGUGCCUAGUCCAGCUCCGGUCAGCUGCUCCACUCCAGUGCCAGAGCAGUCCGCUCCACCGGUGCCCAGUCCAGCUCUGGUCAGCUGCUCCAGUCCAGAGCCAGAGCAGUCCGCUCCACCGGGGUCCAGUUCAGCUCCGGUUAGCGGCUCCACUCUAUUGUCAGAGCAGUCCACUCUACCGGUGCCUAGUCCAGCCCCGGUCAGCUGCUCCAGUCCAGAGCCAGAGCAGUCUGCUCCACCGGGGUCCAGGUCCAGACGGACCAGGGGUGCAACGGGGAGGCAGUAAGGGAGAGGACGUCACGCCCGGAGCCGGAGCCGCCACCGAGGCUGAAUGCCCACCCGGACCCUCCCCUAAUGAGUCAGGUUGGUGCGGCCGGAGUACGCACCUUUGGGGCGGUACUGUCCCGGUUUUCUUUGGUUGGUUUGGUCAGGGUGUGAAUUUCUAUGUGUACAUUCUAUGUUAUUGUAGAUCUAUGUUGGCCGGGUGUGGUUCCCAAUCAGAGGCAGCUGUCGAUCGUUGUCUCUGAUUGGGGAUCAUACUUAGGUAGCCAUUUUGCCUACCUAUGUUGUGGGAUCUUGACUCUUGUUUGGCUUGUUUGUGUGUAGCCAUUGUGAGCUUCACAUUACGUUACUUUUGUUGUUUUGUCAUGUGUUUUCUUAGUUAAUAAACAUGUAUGCAUUCCACGCUGCACCUUGGUCCAAUCCUGUACUCAACGAACGUGACAGUUACAGUCUUGUCCCAUCCCUGCAUCUCUCGUAUGGACUCGGAAGUCGGGAGCCAUGCGUCCUCUGAAACACGACCCUGCCAAGCCACACUGCUUCUUGACACACUUGCUUAACCCGGAAUCCAGCUGCACCAAUGUGUCUGAGAAAACACCGUACAACUGGCGACCGUGUCAACGUGCAUGCGCCUGGCCCGCCACAGGAGUCGCUAGAGCGCAAUGGGAUAAGGACAUGCCGGCCAAACCCUCCCCUAAUCUGGACAACGCUUGGCCAAUUGUGCGCCUCCUCAUGGGUCUCCCGGUCGCGGCCGCCUGCGACACAUCCCGGGAUCGAACCCGGGUCUGUGGUGACACCUCAAGUACUGCGAUGCAGUGACUUAGACCGCUGCGCCACUCGGGAGGCCCCUCAUUUUAACCUCACCACAAACAACUUCAACAAUUCAGUUUGAGUUGUCAGGCAAAACUGAUGCAACAUAGCGACUUUAAAUAAUAGGCUAAAGCAUGGGGUUGCCCAUCUGCAUUUACCUAAUUGAAAACCCCAAAAGACUCAAUGCAUCAAAUGCUACAAAUCAGUGGCGGUCAUUGCCGUUUAAGAUCAGGAAGGACAAAACAUUUUUAUUCUCAUGAGCAUGGCCUUAUUUCUAUUACAGCAUAUUGGAUGACUGUCAUUCAUAUUCCAUUCACCCAGUUCAAUUUAACAUCGAUAGGUUUAGGCUACUACAUGAUACUCAAAUUUUCCCUAUACCCCAUCAUGAGGUUGCUACAAACUAGCCUAUGAAUGUACAGGUCGAGAGAAAAAUUUGAGGUGACAGACAGUGACACAUGGACAGACAGUGACACAUUCAAUACCGCCUUGCACACUCUUGCCUGCAUCUAGGUGAUCUAGGGUGUAACCAUUAGUCCAACAGUUGCAAACAAGAGUUUCUAUUGGACAAAUCCAGGUUUGUUUAUCCCCGUUUCGUGCCGUUUUCUACUGUUUAAGAAAAGUUUUACAACAGAAUCGGCGGAAUGAAUAUGUGCAUGAUGUAUUGUUGUCUCUACCUUGCCUUUGUGCUGUUGUCUGUGCCCAAUAAUGUUUGUACCAUGUUUUGUGCUGCUAACAUGUUGUGCUGCUGCCAUGUUGCGUUGCUACCAUGUUGUUGUCAUGUGGUGUUGCUACCAUGCUGUGUUGUCAUGUGUUGCUGCCAUGCUAUGUUGUUGUCUUAGGUCUCUCUUUAUAUAGUGUUGUGGUGUCUCUCGUCGUGAUGUGUGUUUUGUCCACAUUUUACAUUUUUAAUCCCAUCCACCGUCCUUGCAGGAGGCCUUUUGCCUUUUGGUAGGCCGUCAUUGUAAAUAAGAAUUUGUUCUUAACUGACUUGCCUAGUUAAAUACAAAUAAAAUAAAAAAUACACCUCUGAUCAGACGUAAACACAGUUCACUUUCAUAGCAGCCAAGUUGUAUUCCUUCUCGCAUGUAUGCCCUCUCCUCCUCUCACCUUUUCCCUUCGCAUAUGGACUUCAAUUAAGCAAUAAGGCCCAAGGGGGUGUGGUAUAUGGCCAAUAUACCGCGGUUAAGGACUGUUCUUAUGCAGGACGCAACGUGGAGUGCUAGGACACAGCCCUUAGCCGUGGUAUAUUGGCCAUAUAUCACAAACCCCAGAGGUGCCUUAUUGCUAUUAUAAACUGGUUACCAACAUAAUUAGAGCAGUAAAAAUACAUGUUUUGUCAUACCCAUGGUAUACGGUAUGAUAUACCACGGCUUUCAGCCAAUCAGCAUUCAGGGCUCGAACCACCAAGUUUUUAAUGCACAACACAUCAGCUGUAUGUGACCAGGCGAAAAAAAAUGUUCCAAGCCAAACCAUAUCAUAACCGCUACACACAGCCUACAUCGUUGUCACCAUAUUAGCUAAAGAAUGUCAUAGUCAACAUAGCUAAUAGAACUAACACGUUAGUAAACCUGCUACAAUCAUGCAGUAACGUUACAGUGUACAGUCAGUAAGCAGUUACACCGGCGGGCUCCGGUGGCAAUAAAUUAGUAAAACCAAAAGCUUACCUUGACUUGGAAGAGUUCCAGUGUUGUGUUUGAUAGUCAUAGCUAACAUAGCAUCCGUCUGUUUGAGCCGGGUGUUUGAGUAGGCUAAACUAGCUAGCUAGCUGCAUUUACUAGCUAAGUAGCUAACUGAAAGUGAAAGUUUAAAAAAUAAACUAAAUAUAGCUAUCGCUUUCUCUCUCUCUCUUGGUUCUCCUUCGUUUUUCAAGAAAUGUAUUUGUUCAAAACUGUUUAACUAUUGUCUUUCUCUCUCUUUGAGUGAACUACUCGCCACAUUUUAUGCACUGCAGCGCUAGCUAGCUGUAGCUUAUGCUUUCAGUACUAGAUUCCUUCUCUAAUCCUUUGAUUGGAUUGACAACAUGUGAGUUCAUGCUGCAAGAGCUCUGAUAGGUUGGAGGAUGUCCUCCGGAAGUUGUCAUAAUAACUGUGUAAGUCUAUGGAAGGGGUUGAAAACCAUGCGCCUCCUAGGUUUUGUAUUGAAGUCAAUGUACCCAGAGGAGGACGGAAGCUAACUGUCCUCGGCUACACCAUGGUGCUACCCUACAGAGUGCUGUUGAGGCGACUGUAGAUCUUCAUUGCAAAACAGUGUGUUUUAAUCAAUUAUUUGGUGACGUAAAUAUAUUUUGUAUAGUUUUAUCUAAAAAGGAUAACGUUUUAAAUGUGUUCCUAUUUUAAUUUUUAUUAAACUAAGUGAGGAGGAUGGUCCUCCCCUUCCUCCUCUGAGGGGCCUCCACUGCUACAAAUAUACGUUGGAACUUGACACACCAGGGUUUUUUUCUUGAACAAAAUGGGGCUUAGGUGGUGGGCGUGGGGGGGCGUGGUAAUGGACGUGGCCAAUGGCGUGGUCUCCAAUCAAACAUUUUAGAGGCCCUCCUCUUGGCUGCAGAGACAACAUUUAGCUUUUAAAAAGUUAAUUUCCUGCAAUUCUACCAUAUUUUGUCAUUGGGCUGAGAGAAAAAAUGGCCAUUUUAUAGCAAAUGUUCUACAAUUCUACACAUUUUGCAAUGGCUUAUGCUGUGUUCUUAUGCUAGCUGAGUGACUCAAACAUUAUAACAAAAUCAAUGGGGGCCCCAUGCCAUGACAUUUUUUAAAUUUUAGAUAAUCUCCGACUGUCUAGUUACUAUUUUUGUGAUUUUUUGUUCUCAAAGAUGAUCUUAUUAAAAAAUAUAUAGGUCCAUGAUCUUUUCUACAUACAUUUGGUGUUAGUCGUUUAGGUUUACACUGAAAACCUUUUGCCAUCCCGAAAAGGAUUAGUGGCCCCCCUUACUCCAUAGGGCUCUGGUCAAAAGUAAUGCACUAUGUAUGGAAUUUGGGACACUGGGCCGUUGCUGCUAAAUAUGGCUGGACAGGAGGGCCAGACGACGGUGUGGUUUGUUUCUGUACGGGUCAGCUGUUUUUGGAUCCUGUUAUGUGUGUGCCAAAAGAAGGUGUGCCAAACUGGUGGGUUCCUGUGAGUGAGUGGGUACCAGUUGUAUGAUCUCUGGGAAAUAAAGUGUCAACGUUCUAAACACAGUUCUCAGCAAAGUCAUGUAAUUGGAAAAUUGUAAUUGCAAAAUGUUAAAUUAAUUUAGAAAAUGUUGGUUGAUAAAAACCGAUUUCAUUGCAAAUGUACACUCAAAUCUAUUAUCAUAUAAAGAAUGGGAGUAAGUAUGAACUGUAAGAAAAUAAGUAAGUAUGAAGGUAAGAGUUUACUAUGAGCUCCAUUCUCCUUGACCUUGGGAUAAAUUGUUCCACUGCCCCAGUUCCCUGCUCUAGUUCACCUGCAUAGUGUUAACACAUAUCCCUCCCCUCCUAUGUCAUGUCCAUGGCCUGGCAGAUCCCACGCUGUGGUCCACGGAGCAUGUGCGCCAGUGGCUGGAGUGGGCAGUGAAGGAGUAUGGCCUGCUGGACGUCGAUGUGGCUCUCUUCCACAACGUGGACGGCAAAGACCUGUGCAAGAUGUGCAAGGAGGACUUCCAGAGGCUCACGCUCAGCUACAACGCAGACAUCCUGCUCUCCCACCUCCACUACCUCAGAGAGAGUGAGUCUAGUAUCUUCCUUCUCCUCCUCAUCAUCCCUCUCUCCUCUCCUCCCUCUACAUGCUCCUGCCUUCUGCCACCCUUCCCCAGCUGGCCAACACAAUGCAAUGGCAGGCAGUAAAGAGAGAGGCUACAAAGGGGUACUAUUGAAGGGCUGCUGUGGUCUGGUGGUCCAUAUUUUUUCUACCUCUAUACUGAGCUCUCAUUGACAUUCUCCAGAGGGCCUCAGCUACUUUGCUUGACUGCAGAUUAGAAUGAAACCUGGUGAAGGAGUCCCUGUUGUUGCUGCUUCUGCUGCUUUGGCUGAAUGACUCACUGCUCCAAGACCUGCUUUCCUGUCCUCUGACACCUCACCUCCUCUCUACACACACAUGCAUUUGUGCAUGUCGUCCACAUGCUUCUUCACAUGCACACACACACACACACACACACACACACAUUCUGGUUUUAAGUUGUUAACAGUAGAUGUUACAGUGGUAGCUGUGUAGUAGUAGUAGGAGUAAUGGUGGCAGUAGUGUAACAUUAAUAAAAUAAUUAACAGUAUAUGUUCUUGAAGAGGAAUAGGUACACUACAUCAAUAAAGUCAUUAUUGGCACCCAUCUUAAGAAGCGUAUCUGUUUAUAGUCAUAGGAGAAGGUUUUUCAGACUCUUGAGAUUAUGUUUAUCUUUGAUACUCUCUCUCUCUCUGCUCUCCAAGAAUAGGGGAGUCCAAGUUCCAUUUGAUUGUGCAGAGAACUUUCCAAUGAACCAUUACCCUUCUCAUAGUGACUGCUAGUGGUUUUGUUUGUUUGAUAUCAGUGUCGGUUUUGGUAGGGUUCACCCACAGAUGUGCAGAGGAGGUGAGUGAUGGGAGAAAGAGGAGAACCAAACAGAUAGAGCCAACCAGACAGAGAAAUGAGAAGCCAGAUAGCUUGAGGAGUUCAGAGUUUAGUGUGGUGUACCACCACCUUCUGAACAGGGGUGUUGUUCAUUUUUGGGUGUCAUCAUUAUGUGCCAUUCAGACUAAAUGUAGGUACAGUACAACAUCGGGCGAUUCCACAACAGGACAGGCCUAUGUCUAGAUACUGAAAUACAAUUUACACAUUCAUAUAUUAAACAUAAAAAAUAUUAAUAUGAAUAUCUCAAAAUUUUUGAAGAUAUGACCCAUUUUAUACAUUGACGUUAUAGGUCAUUAACCAAUCCCAGCCCUCCUUUAGGAUUGCACAUUCAGCAAAUCACCAGCAGAGGGAGGUCCAUUUGAAUCAAUUUUCCCAUUCACUGUGUUGGUGGUGCUCAUAAAAUGUAUCAUAACUUCAAAAGUAUAUUGUUCCAAACAAUAUGUCUUAAAAUUAACAAAAUCAAAAUGGGGACUUUUGAGAUAUGAAUAUGAAUAUGUUGAAUGUUUCAUUUAAUUUUAGAAUCUUGAAAUACUUCAUAUGUUAGAGCAUGCUAUAAGGAGUAUAAAGGCACCAAGAUGUUGUGUAUCAUGUACGGUUCACUGAUCAUAGGGUCUUACAGGAGGCAUGUAUAUGUCUAAAAAGGGCCUUAACACUUUCAUCAUGAUUUUUAUCCAAAGUGUUUGUUGUAAAAAUGUACAAAUCAUGUCAAACAUUCUUCCUCCUAAUGAUGUUUCUAUGUAGAAAUUGCCAGAACCAUAUGAGAUACCCAAAAUAUUGCCCCAUUGCAUUAUUCCACAAUCCUGUGCUUGAAGUGCUCUUGAUAUGCAUGAGUCUCACAAAAAUCUUUUGAAUGGCCUUUUCUUAAACAUUCCUUUUAGUGUAAUCACCAGUUCCCACACCCUCAUUGAAAUACUGUGGGCAGUUUGAAAUUGAUAAGAGAGAAUUGCCAAUAAGCCUACUUAGCUGUCUCCAAAUACUUAUUUUUUGCUGGCCCUAUAUGAAAAAUGGUCUGAAGACCCUGACGGUGGCUGACUUUGGCUUUGAGGUCUGCUCGACUGGAAAAUACACUAGUGAUGGGGGGGGGGGAAAGAAGAAAGCCCUUACAAGCUUUCCUUUCAUCCCUCCCUCCUCUCUCCUCCUUUUGUUUUUGGCAAUGGCUGCUGCUUCUCUUUCCCCCUCGUGUACACACGCUCGCCGAAUUUACUCUGGAGGAGGGAAAAUUGGAAAAGCGAUGGAUUCUCACAGACGAAUGUGGGUACGAGUGAUUAACUGUUUAUUUGGGUUGGCCCUCCCUGCCAUUGUCUCCCCUCUAGCUUUGGCGAUGUGUGCCACACUUACAAGCGCUCUCUCUCUCUCUCUCUCUCUCUCUCUCUCUCUCUCUCUCUCGCUCCCGCUCUCGCUCUCGCUCUCGCUCUCGCUCUCGCUCUCGCUCUCGCUCUCUCUCUCUCUCUCUCUCUCUCUCUCUCUCUGUGUAUUGCUCCUUGCCUGUUGAAUGUUGCCUCUAUGGCAGUUCGGAGAGCAACCCUUACCUUAGUGCAUCGCUAAUGGUCUGUGUUUGUCUAAUGGCUGCCCCCCCAAUGCAUCACUCCUUGCACAUCAUAGGUUGUUUUGAGCUGUUUUAUUUUUUUGGUUCAUCUCUUUUUCAAAAGAAUGUUUUAUUUCUCAGCUCCACUUCCUCACUUGACUUCCGAUGAUGUUGACAAAGCCUUACAAAACUCCCCGCGGUUAAUGCAUGCUCGCAACACAGGUAAGGAGUCCCCUGUCCCCCUUCUCUACCUCUGGCUUUGCUCCUGCCACCACAGUAUCCUUACACUCACACAGUGCCAACCUAUGUAUAUACAGUGUACUCUUUAUAUACAUUCACACUGCUUUUUUGUAUUCAUAUGAUUAUCAGAUUAUACAUCAAGUAAUCUAAUUGUAUCUUUUGUUGUUAUUAUUUCUAAUAUGUUUUUGUCAUGUGGUGCAGAAGUUACUGUAUGCUGGUGCAGUUAUGCAUUGUGGCUGUAGAGCGUAGAGGAAAGCAUGUGCUAAAGUCUAACGUUGAUGCAUAGUGCUGUAAUUGUCCCUGUGCUGCAUGAAAUCCCUCCCCACAUGGAUAUUCGUCAAAGCAAUUAAAUUGGAACGUUCAGGCAAUGUGUCAUGAGAAGGUGUGUCAUUAUGGGUACAUAAUAAUUUACAUAAUUCAUUAAUGAUCCUCUCUUUCACUCUCCGCAGGAGGUGUGAGUUUUAUUUUCCCCAACACUCCCGUUUAUCCCACUGACAACUCCCCCAGAGUCUCCGCUAGGCCAGGUGGGUGAUUCAUCACUCCUAUAAGUUUAUGUAGAUGAGGCAUAAGAGCAUACUGUAAGCACAUCCAAUAACACUUGUAGAGGAGCAUGGUACAGGGGUAAAGGAGAAACAAGGAACCACACACCUUGCAGACAAAGUACUACGUUUUCAAUAGUGCCCAAUGCCCAUGAACAAAUACACAUAAACAAAGACGUAUUUAGAAGAAGUUCGUCGAAAAAAUGUUUUAGAGGUUUAAUUAAUAUUUCAACUCAAGCAUCCCUUGCUCUUAAAAUAAUACUCCAGACUGCAGUAGUUGUGUGUCUGUGUUUGGGACACUUGUAUUAUAGGAAGUCUGGCAAUCCACAACUCUUGCCUCAGACCGAUGAGGUGAACCACAGAAAUGCACUCACACAUCAGCAUGUGUUUGAUUUUAUCAUAGCGCCCUCUAGGGUUAAGGUUCAUAACUGCAGGCAGCAGAUUGACUUGUAAUUUAUGAUAUUUUACAGACCUGGCGUAUGAAGCAGCUAGAAGAUCUGGCUGGGCUCCACAAGCUGUGUCUUCCACCAAAGGUAAGGAAUCAUAAUGUACAGCGCAUCGGUCCUUUGUCAAAACAUGGCGCUCCCUUUGCUUUUCAUCUAUUGGGAAAUGUGUUAAAGUACAUUACAGGGAAUUUAAGAGAUUAGGCCUACAUCUUUACAAGCCUGUAGACUAAACAUAAACAAAACAGGCCAGGCACAAUCAGAGAACAGGAAUUUGGAUACCUCAAGAUAAGAAGCUAUUUCUCCACUGUAUACACUUGGAACGUUGCCCUCAAGGAAACCCCCUGUUAAUAUUUUGGGAACUUCAUCCCUCAAGGUUCCCAGCCCUCCCCAACCAUUGUCACCAAAACAGAGGAGCAGAGGCCUCAUCUAGGUAAAAUAUAAGCUUGAACUGUACUCUGAAAUAGAUGUUGAUUGAGCUGAAAAAACCUUUCUCCUACUAAUGUGAAUGUUUGUCACUUCUUAGAUCCUUACCAGAUCCUGGGGCCCACGAGUAGCAGGCUGGCAAACCCUGGUGAGUUUUAGGGAGGGUGGAAGUAAUUAUCACUAAUUAGACAAGAUUAAAGAUUUAAGAUAUUCAUAUUACAACAAAGGCACCAUUUAUAUACAGUGAGGGAAAAAAGUAUUUGAUCCCCUGCUGAUUUUGUACGUUUGCCCACUUACAAAGAAAUGAUCAGUCUAUAAUUUUAAUGGUAGGUUUAUUUGAACAGUGAGAGACAGAAUAACAACAACAAAAAUCCAGAAAAACGCAUGUCAAAAAUGUUAUAAAUUGAUUUGCAUUUUAAUGAGGGAAAUAAGUAUUUGACCCCCUCUCAAUCAGAAAGAUUUCUGGCUCCCAGGUGACUUUUAUACAGCUAACAAGCUGAGAUUAGGAGCACACUCUUAAAGGGAGUGCUCCUAAUCUCAGUUUGUUACCUGUAUAAAAGACACCUGUCCACAGAAGCAAUCAAUCAAUCAGAUUCCAAACUCUCCACCAUGGCCAAGACCAAAGAGCUCUCCAAGGAUGUCAGGGACAAGAUUGUAGACCUACACAAGGCUGGAAUGGGCUACAAGACCAUCGCCAAGCAGCUUGGUGAGAAGGUGACAACAGUUGGUGCGAUUAUUCGCAAAUGGAAGAAACACAAAAGCACUGUCAAUCUCCCUCAGCCUGGGGCUCCAUGCAAGAUCUCACCUCGUGGAGUUGCAAUGAUCAUGAGAACGGUGAGGAAUCAGCCCAGAACUACACGGUAGGAUCUUGUCAAUGAUCUCAAGGCAGCUGGGACCAUAGUCACCAAGAAAACAAUUGUUAACACACUACGCCGUGAAGGACUGAAAUCCUGCAGAGCCCGCAAGGUCCCCCUGCUCAAGAAAGCACAUAUACAGGCCCGUCUGAAGUUUGCCAAUGAACAUCUGAAUGAUUCAGAGGAGAACUGGGUGAAAGUGUUGUGGUCAGAUGAGACCAAAAUGGAGCUCUUUGGCAUCAACUCAACUCGCCGUGUUUGGAGGAGGAGAAAUGCUGCCUAUGACCCCAAGAACACCAUCCCCACCGUCAAACAUGGAGGUGGAAACAUUAUGCUUUGGGGGUGUUUUUCUGCCAAGGGGACAGGACAACUUCACCGCAUCAAAGGGACGAUGGACGGGGCCAUGUACCGUCAAAUCUUGGGUGACAACCUCCUUCCGUCAGCCAGGGCAUUGAAAAUGGGUAGUGGAUGGGUAUUCCAGCAUGACAAUGACCCAAAACACACGGCCAAGGCAACAAAGGAGUGGCUCAAGAAGAGGCACAUUAAGGUCCUGGAGUGGCCUAGCCAGUCUCCAGACCUUAAUCCCAUAGAAAAUCUGUGGAGGGAGCUGAAGGUUCGAGUUGCCAAACGUCAGCCUCGAAACCUUAAUGACUUGGAGAAGAUCUGCAAAGAGGAGUGGGACAAAAUCCCUCCUGAGAUGUGUGCAAACCUGCUGGCCAACUACAAGAAACGUCUGACCUCUGUGCCAACAAGGGUUUUGCCACCAAGUACUAAGUCAUGUUUUGCAUAGGGGUCAAAUACUUAUUUCCCUCAUUAAAAUGCAAAUCAAUUUAUAAUAUUUUUGACAUGCGUUUUUCUGGAUUUUUGUUGUUAUUCUGUCUCUCACUGUUCAAAUAAACCUACCAUUAAAAUUAUAGACUGAUCAUCUCUUUGUUAGUGGGCAAAUGUACAAAAUCAGCAGGGGAUCAAAUACUUUUUUCCCUCACUGUAAAUAGUUGUUUGGUAGUGACUCUUGCUAUGAGUAGUUAUUGUGGUGUUGACUGUAACACGUCUUUAUGUAGUUGUUAUGGUGAUGACCACCUGUCUCUCUCCAGACUGUAUUAUAAUUGUUACGAUAUUGACUCCCUGACUCUGUCCAGACUGUAUAAGUAAUUGUUACAUGUUGACUUCCUGUCUCUGUCCAGACUGUGGCCGGGACUCAAACAAACCGCAAUCUGCCGACAUCGCACUACUCUUGAGCUUUAAAGGUAAUUUACGCAUGAGCUGACAUCCGCAGCGUUUACCCUGAAUGGGAUCGUUAACUUCAAGUGCAGUGUGAUGUCGGCGUAGAGCGGUUUGAAUCCCAGACAGUAUUAGUAAUUGUGACUGUGUUGACACCCUUUCUGCCUGCAGGCUCGGGACAGAUCCAGCUGUGGCAGUUCCUGCUGGAGCUCCUGUCAGAUAGCGCCAACUCCGGCUGCAUCACAUGGGAGGGCACCAAUGGUGAGUUCAAGAUGACCGACCCUGACGAGGUGGCAAGGCGCUGGGGUGAGAGGAAGAGCAAGCCCAACAUGAACUACGACAAGCUGAGCCGUGCCCUGCGCUACUACUACGACAAGAACAUCAUGACCAAGGUGCACGGCAAGCGCUACGCCUACAAGUUUGACUUCCACGGUAUCGCCCAGGCCCUGCAGCCCCACCCGCCAGAGUCCUCCGUGUACAAAUACCCCUCCGACUUAUCCUACAUGAGCACCUACCAUGCACACCAGCAGAAGGUCAAUUUUGUCACGCCUCACCCCCAAGCACUACCCGUCACCUCCUCCAGCUUCUUUGCUGCCCCCAACCCCUACUGGAAUUCCCCCACCGGCGGUAUCUACCCCAACACCCGGCACCCAGCCGCUCACAUGCCCUCCCACCUGGGCACCUAUUAUUAG